AUGUGCAGACCAGAAGAGUUAUUCGUAGAUAGAAUUAGUCCACAUUUUAUUUGUCCGAUUGGAGGAGGUGUUAUUGAAGAUCCAGUUGUAACACCAUGUGGUCAUACAUUUUGUAACCCGUGUUUAAUAAAAUGGUUACAAUCUAGGAGACAAUGUCCGACUGAUAGAUUACCAGUUACAGAUAAACAGUUGAUUCAAAAUUGGUUAGUUUAUUAUUACACUUCCGAACUUACUGUUAGAUGCGAUCAUUAUAAUAAAGGUUGUUUAUGGACGGGUAAGUGGUGUGUAUUAGGUAGUCAUUUAACACAAUGUCAAGCUGCAUUUUCAAAGAUUAGAUUUUGGUUAAAAUAUCAUGUUCCAUUUGGACAACAAAUUAGAGUUACAGGUAAUUGCGAUCAAUUGGGUAAUUGGGACCCAAAGAAAUCAUUCCCAUUAAAAUUUUUGCAAGGUGAUACAUGGGAAGGUGAAAUUAUUUUGGCACAAAGUGGAAGAAUAGAAUAUAAAUAUUGUAUUAGUUAUUAUGAUACUGGUGAAUUGGUGUAUUGGGAAGCUGGUCCAAAUAGAGUUAUUUUAAUUUCUGGUUCUUCAAUUUAUAGAAGAGAUAUCUUUAAAAAUCCUUAA